GCGAACGAGAGGCCACUGAACACCAGCAACAGCAGCAAUGCCUAGCGUCGCUGCUUUACUGAAGGCCAUCGGCCUUCUUUGUUAUGCAACGAUACAGACUUCUGUCUUCUUUGUUCUUUCGUUCAUUUCUCCGAGUUUAACAAGAAAAAUCAUUCUAAAAGUUAGCGAGAGGACAACAAUGCCCCAGAAUCCUAAAUUUAAGUACGAAGACUGGGGGCCAACAUUUAUCAGCUGGACAUUCAUCAAAACCGUCGCAAAGCAUGCCUGGAUUAAUCUUGGAGAAGAGGCAUUUGUUGGCCAUAAGGCUCCUAAUUCAACAGUAAUCACAAUGGAUAAACAAAGAACAACAAUCCUGAACUUUCUCAAAGGCAACAGACCGCUGGUGAUUAGUUUCGGAAGUUGCACAUGACCCCCGUUUCUGUUCAAACUUGGUGAGUUCAAAGAGCUCGUCAAGGACUUCAGCGAUGUAGCCGAUUUUCUCGUAAUCUACAUUGCAGAAGCACACUCAACAGAUGAGUGGGCAUUUGAUAACAACGUUGACCUGAAGCAACACAAGGAUCUGGAAGAUCGGCUGGCUGCAGCACAGGUCUUGGCUAAGGAGGAUCCCCUUUGCCCUAUUGUGGUUGAUGAUAUGACUAACCUCGCUACUGCAACUUACGCUGCAAUACCUGAGAGAUUGUAUGUAAUUCAGGGUGGCAAUGUAAUCUAUAAGGGAGGGAUGGGUCCAUUUUUUUAUGAACCCCAGGAGGUACGUGAGAUAUUACAGAAAAUUAAGUAGGAGAUUGAGGGCACUCUUCUGUGUGGUUUGUAAGGGAGGCAGUAUAUUUUAUUCCAACUGCAGUCCUCAGGAGAUGAUUUAUUUCAUUAGGUAAAUCCCAGAAUAAUCCCAGUAAUACCAGAAAUUAAAAAAAGGAUUGUGGAUAUAACAGGAUAAGAAGCACUUUGUUCUCAUUUCUUCAUUUUCAAGAGGGUUGUGUAUAAGAUCACUAACAUGACAGAGGUGUGUUGUAGUGCUCAGCUAAACAUUUGAAUCACAGUAGCUCACUGUUUUGUUUAUGAUGACUACAGAUCAAACCCCUGGCCUCUGUAAUCAGAUGUUUAAAAACAUGAGCUGGUGAUUUACGUGUUAAGAGGACACUUUCAACAUUCUAUAGGAGUUUAACAUAAUGUUUGGUACUUCAAGUUCGCAAAAAUUGUAUUUGUUUACCAAGAGCAAAAGCAGAACAUGCUUGAAAUCUGGAUAAAUGUGUUUUUUUGUUCCUGGAGAUAUUUCUGUCAUCUUAAGCAGCCUAUUCUUUUUAAAGUGGCACAUUAAUUACCUUUGGGGGUGAAAUUUUUGCUGCAUUCACCUACAUAAUAUAUGCACAACUCUUCAUCUAGUUAAAUGGUGAGAAAAUGAACGUUUGGCUGACUCAAGAAAUGAAUGACAACGUUCCAAUACAUCUCUGAUUAGAGACAGUUUGCAUUGACACUGCUUUAGAAAUUAAACAAAGACAUAAAAGGUUGCUUUUUAAAAUGAAAGAUGAAUGUUUUAAAUAUUAAUUGACAGUUCCCGAAAUAUGCAGCGUGAGUGGAUGUCUUGCCCCCCCCCCCCCCCUUUUCCCCUUAUGUUUUUCUUUGUGAACAGCCAUGUUUUGGGCAUUAUAUCUAUCCGAGUUGUGUUCAUGAUAUCACCAAAAUAUAUUAUUUACAAGUUGUAUUUGCAUAUAUGUUAACAUCUAUAACAUUAACUAUAUCUUGGAGAAUAAAUGUUUGUAAUGUUAUAACUGAACUGCAAUGCUGAAGUUAAGAUUUUCUCUCCAUUCAACUAGUGUUUCAUCGUAUACGUACAUUGUGUGCUAAUGUUCUCCCAUGAUUUUGUAUCAUCAGUAUGAUAUGUGAUGAUGACAGUGUAAACCUUUAGGUCACUGUAAUCUGAUGGCUUCAUAGUAGAUUGUGUACAAAGUUCUGAGACAGCAUUGAUAUCACAAUUGUUCAGCUCUGUGUCAACUUUUUUUUACUGUAAUGCACACAUUACCUGUUUUAAUAAACAAAUGUACCAUA